AAGGAGAAUGGUCUCAAAUUUCUUCCUCUUCUUCUCAUCUAUCAAUGGCUCCAACACUCUUUUUACUUUGAGUCCACCCAAAGAGAAGGUGGAUUCCAUUUCUUUCCCCAAUCAUUUCCCUCCAUCCUCUGUAAAUCCCAUCAUUUUUUUGAUGAAUCUUGAUCUGGGGUUUGAUCAGAUUUCAUUAUUUUUUGGUGUUUCUUGUUGAUUUGAUCAGAGAUUGAAGUCUUUUUUGCUGUUGGAUUUCUUGAAAUCUUGCUAGAAAAGACUCAAGAAUCUGUGCAAUUUUUUCCAUCUUUGGUUGACGUUCUUGAUAUUGUUGUGAAUUAAACAUGUUCAUAAUGUUGUUUCCUGUGUUUUUGCAACAGGGUUUUCCAUAAUCUUGAUUAAAGAUUGUUAAUCUUGGGUUUUAGUCUUGAUUUUCUUGAUUCUGUAAUUAGGGUUCUUAGUUUAGCUUUUCUUCCAUAGCUUUAAAUGGAAAUUGGUUGAACAAUUAGGGUUUAAUUAAUGUUUGAUUAUCUUUAAAUCUCAUUUUUGUAAUUAGGGUUUGUUUCAGUUCUUUGUACUCCUUGUUAAUUUGGGGUCUUAAUCUUGAUCCGUUUCUUUAGUCUUUCUCCAUUGUUCUUGAAUCUUAUUCUGUAAUUAGGGUUCUGUUUCAUAAUUUCUGGGCAUUUUCUUGAAUUUUUUGGGGAAUUGAAGUGAUUAGAAAAUAAGUUGGAGGGAUUCUGGGAAUCAGUUGUUUAAGAGAGAGGUCAGGUCUGUGUACAUCUCAGCUGUGUUAUUUCCGAGUGGAAUUUACUGGAGUUUGUUUGGUUUGCUUUAGAUGUUUGGUAGAAAUAUGAAUUUGAUCACAACAGUUAUAGGCUUUGCAAUGAGUGCCACUUUCAUUGUAUUUGUAUGCGCUCGACUCGUUUGUGGACGGUUUCGUCGAUACGAAUCACGACAACCCUUCGAGAUUGACUCGAGGAUUGACCUUGAGAUGCAAGAGCAUCAUCGGAUCGCAGGCCUUGAACCGGUUAUGGUUGCAGCCAUUCCUACCAUGAAGUUCGAACGUGAAGCCUUUGGUUCAAUGGAGGAUGCCCAGUGCACGAUAUGUUUAGGCGAAUACCAAGAGAAAGAGGUACUAAGAAUCAUGCCGAAAUGUGGGCAUAGUUUUCAUCUUUCUUGCAUAGAUCUAUGGCUACGAAAGCAGUCGACUUGCCCUGUGUGUCGCCUCUGCAUCAUCGCGGCCGUGAACAGCCCCGGGAUUUCGAGAGAGGUUUCGAUGGAGCAUUCCCGACAGUGGCUCCUACCGCAUUCCGAUCAAGGAAGCAGUCAAAGUCAAAGUCAAAACCGAGCUGAUUCGGCCAUGGGAGAUUCAGAAGCAGUGACAGAAGCAGAAAGAUGACAUAUUAUUUGGGAUUUGAAGGAUUUGAAAUGGGUGUAUAUACUUGUUUUUUCUUUUGUGGAAUUUAACAAAGGUGGAUAUUGCUUAUGAAUGCUAUAAAUCCCUCUUUUAUCAUAUAAUCAUUUGAAAGUUGGUUGUUGGAGUCUCGUAUCAGUUAGACUUUCAUUUUUAUCUGUAUAUGUUAGAACUUCUCUUCUCUCCUGAAAGACUGUUUUGAAGAGUAAUAUAAUGGGUUUCAUAUA